GCGGGCGUCAGUUUCCCUCAAGAUGGCGGACGAGGAGGCUGGGGACACAGAGAGGAUGGAAGUCAGCACGGAGUUGCCGCAGACCCCUCAGCAACUGGCGUCUUGGUGGGAUCAGCAGAUUGAUUUUUAUACUACUUUCUUGAACUAUUUGGCACAAGUGGUGCCUGAAAUUUAUUUUGCUGAAAUGGACCCAGAUUUGGAAAAGCAGGAGGAGAGCAUACAGAGGUCAAUAUUCACUCCACUGGAAUGGUACUUAUUUGGAGAAGAUCCAGAUAUUUGCUUAGAGAAACUGAAGCACAGUGGAGCAUUUCAACUUUGUGGGAAGGUUUUCAAAAGUGGAGAGACAACAUAUUCUUGUAGGGACUGUGCAAUUGAUCCAACAUGUGUACUGUGUAUGGACUGCUUCCAGAAUAGUGUUCAUAAAAAUCAUCGUUAUAAGAUGCAUACUUCUACUGGAGGAGGAUUUUGUGACUGUGGGGACACAGAAGCAUGGAAAACUGGUCCUUUUUGUAUAAGUCAUGAACCUGGAAGAGCAGGUACCACAAAGGAGAACUUACGCUGUCCGUUGAAUGAAGAGGUAAUUGCCCAAGCCAGGAAAAUAUUCCCUUCAGUGAUAAAGUACAUUGUAGAAAUGACUAUAUGGGAAGAAGAAAAAGAACUGCCUCCUGAACUCCAGAAAAGGGAGAAAAAUGAUAGAUACUACUGUGUCCUUUUCAAUGAUGAACACCAUUCAUAUGACCAUGUUAUAUACAGUCUACAAAGAGCUCUUGACUGUGAGCUUGCAGAGGCCCAGUUGCACACCACUGCCAUAGACAAAGAGGGUCGUCGGGCUGUUAAAGCAGGUGCUUUUGCUGCUUGCCAGGAAGCAAAGGAAGAUAUAAAGAGUCAUUCAGAAAAUGUCUCUCAACAUCCACUUCAUGUAGAAGUAUUACACUCUGAGGUUAUGGCUCAUCAGAAAUUUGCUUUGCGUCUGGGGUCCUGGAUGAAUAAAAUUAUGAGCUACUCAAGUGACUUUAGACAGAUCUUUUGCCAAGCUUGCCUUAGAGAAGAACCUGGCUCUGAGAAUCCCUGUCUCAUAAGCAGGUUAAUGCUUUGGGAUGCAAAGCUUUAUAAAGGUGCCCGUAAGAUCCUUCACGAGUUGAUCUUCAGCAGUUUUUUUAUGGAGAUGGAGUACAAAAAAUUCUUUGCUAUGGAAUUUGUGAAGUAUUACAAGCAGCUCCAAAAAGACUAUAUCAGUGAUGAUCAUGACAGAAGUAUCUCUAUAACUGCACUCUCAGUUCAGAUGUUUACUGUUCCUACUUUGGCUCGACAUCUUAUUGAAGAGCAGAAUGUUAUCUCUGUCAUUACUGAAACUCUCCUGGAAGUUUUGCCUGAGUAUUUGGAUAGGAACAAUAAAUUCAACUUCCAGGGUUAUAGCCAAGACAAAUUGGGAAGAGUAUAUGCAGUAAUUUGUGAUCUAAAAUAUAUCCUGAUCAGCAAGCCCACAGUAUGGACAGAAAGAUUAAGAAUGCAGUUCCUUGAAGGCUUUCGAUCUUUUUUGAAGAUUCUUACCUGUAUGCAGGGAAUGGAAGAAAUCAGAAGGCAAGUUGGGCAACACAUAGAAGUAGAUCCUGACUGGGAGGCUGCCAUUGCUAUACAGAUGCAGUUGAAGAAUAUUUUACUAAUGUUCCAAGAAUGGUGUGCUUGUGAUGAAGAACUCUUACUAGUGGCUUAUAAAGAAUGUCACAAAGCUGUGAUGAGGUGCAGUACAGGUUUCAAAUCUAGUGGCAAAACAGUAAUACAAUUGUGUGGUCAUACUUUGGAAACUAAGUCCUACAAAGUAUCUGAAGAUCUUGUAAGCAUACAUCUGCCACUGUCUAGGACUCUUGCUGGUCUUCAUGUGCGUUUGAGCAGGCUGGGUGCUGUUUCAAGACUGCAUGAAUUUGUGCCUUUUGAGGAUUUUCAAGUAGAGGUACUGGUUGAAUAUCCUUUGCGUUGUCUGGUAUUGGUUGCCCAAGUUGUUGCUGAGAUGUGGCGAAGAAAUGGGCUCUCUCUCAUUAGCCAGGUGUUUUAUUACCAAGAUGUUAAAUGCAGAGAAGAAAUGUAUGAUAAAGAUAUCAUUAUGCUUCAGAUUGGUGCAUCUCUAAUGGAUCCCAACAAGUUCUUAUUACUGGUACUUCACAGGUAUGAACUUGCUGAUGCUUUUAACAAGACCAUAUCCAUAAAAGACCAGGAUUUGGUUAAGCAGUAUAAUACCUUAAUAGAAGAAAUGCUUCAAGUCCUCAUCUAUAUCGUGGGAGAGCGUUACGUACCUGGAGUGGGAAAUGUGACCAAAGAAGAGGUCACAAUGAGAGAAAUUAUUCACUUGCUUUGUAUUGAACCCAUGCCACACAGUGCCAUUGCCAAAAAUUUACCUGAGAAUGAAAAUAAUGAAACUGGCUUAGAGAGUGUCAUAAACAAAGUGGCUACAUUUAAGAAACCAGGUGUAUCAGGCCAUGGAGUUUAUGAACUGAAGGAUGAAUCACUGAAAGACUUUAAUAUGUACUUUUAUCAUUACUCCAAAACACAGCAUAGCAAGGCUGAACAUAUGCAGAAGAAAAGGAGAAAACAGGAAAACAAAGAUGAAGCAUUACCACCACCACCACCUCCUGAAUUCUGCCCUGCUUUCAGCAAAGCAGUUAACCUUCUCAAUUGUGAUAUCAUGAUGUACAUUCUCAGGACCAUAUUUGAGCGGGCAGUAGAUCCAGAUUCUAACUUGUGGACUGAAGGAAUGCUCCAGAUGGCAUUUCACAUUCUAGCAUUGGGCUUACUAGAAGAAAAGCAACAGCUUCAAAAAUCUCCUGAAGAAGAAGUGAUGUUUGACUUUUACCAUAAGGCCUCAAGAUUGGGAAGUUCAGCCAUGAAUGCUCAGAAUAUACAAAUGCUUUUGGAAAAACUCAAGGGGAUUCCACAGUUAGAAGGCCAGAAGGACAUGAUUAUGUGGAUACUCCAGAUGUUUGACACUGUGAAGCGAUUAAGAGAAAAAUCUUGUUUAAUUGUAGCAACUACAUCAGGAUCAGAUUCUAUUAAGAAUGAUGAGAUUACUCAUGAUAAAGAAAAAGCAGAACGAAAAAGAAAAGCUGAAGCUGCUAGGCUGCAUCGCCAGAAGAUCAUGGCUCAGAUGUCUGCCUUACAGAAAAACUUCAUUGAAACUCACAAACUCAUGUAUGACAGUACAUCAGAGAUGUCUGGGAAAGAAGACUCCAUUAUGGAAGAAGAGAGCACCCCAGCAGUCAAUGACUACUCUAGAAUUGCUUUGGGUCCUAAACGGGGUCCAUCAGUUACUGAAAAGGAGGUGCUGACAUGCAUCCUCUGCCAAGAAGAACAAGAGGUGAAAAUAGAAAAUAAUGCCAUGGUAUUAUCGGCCUGUGUCCAGAAAUCCACCGCCUUAACCCAGCACAGGGGAAAACCCAUAGAACUCUCAGGGGAAACCAUGGACCCACUUUUCAUGGAUGCAGACUUGGCAUAUGGAACUUACACAGGGAGCUGUGGUCACGUAAUGCAUGCAGUGUGCUGGCAGAAGUAUUUUGAAGCUGUACAGCUGAGCUCUCAGCAGCGCAUACAUGUUGAUCUUUUCGACUUGGAGAGUGGAGAGUAUCUUUGCCCUCUAUGCAAGUCUCUAUGCAAUACUGUGAUCCCCAUUAUUCCUUUGCAACAUCAAAAGAUAAGCAGUGAGAAUACAGAACCUCUUGCUCAACUUUUGACCCUGGAACGAUGGAUACAGACUGUUCUGGCCAGAAUAACAGGUUAUAAUAUGAAACAUGCUAAAGGAGAAAACCCAACAAUUCCAGUCCUGUUUGAUCAAGGAAUGGGUGAUUCUACUCUUGAGUUCCAUUCAAUUUUGAGUUAUGGAGUUCAGUCUUCGUUAAAUUAUUCUAAUAGCAUCAAGGAAAUGGUCCUUCUCUUUGCCACAACAAUUUAUAGAAUUGGAUUGAAAGUGCCUCCUGAUGAAACAGAUCCUCGAAUCCCCAUGAUGACCUGGAGCACAUGUGCUUUUACUAUCCAGGCAAUUGAAAACCUGUUGGGAGAUGAAGGAAAACCUUUGUUUGGAGCACUUCAAAAUAGACAGCAUAAUGGUCUGAAAGCAUUAAUGCAGUUUGCCAUUGCACAAAGGAUUACCUGUUCUCAGGUCCUGAUACAGAAACAUCUGAUUCGUCUUCUAUCAGUUUUUCUUCCUAACCUGCAAUCAGAAGCUACACCUUGCCUUCUAUCCAUAGAUCUAUUUCAUGUUUUGGUGGGUACUGUGUUAGCAUUCCCGUCCUUGUACUGGGAUGAUGCUGUUGAUCUGCAGCCUUCACCAGUUAGCUCUUCCUAUAACCACCUUUAUCUCUUCCAUUUGAUCACCAUGGCACACAUGCUUCAGAUACUUCUUACCAUAGACACAGGCCUCCCCCUUGCACAGAUACAGGAAGAGAGUGAAGAGGCUCGUUCUGCAUCUUCUUUCUUGGCAGAAAUUUCUCAGUAUACAAGUGGCUGCAUUGGGUGUGGUAUUCCUGGCUGGUAUUUAUGGGUCUCCUUGAAGAAUGGCAUCAUCCCGUAUCUUCGCUGUGCUGCAUUGUUUUUCCACUAUUUGCUUGGAGUAACUCCUCCUGAAGAACUGUUUACCAAUGCUGCAGAAGGAGAGUACAAUGCACUCUGUAGCUAUUUAUCUUUACCCACAAAUUUGUUCCUGCUUUUCCAGAAAUACUGGGAUACUGUGAGGCCCCUCCUCCAGAGGUGGUGUACAGAUCCUGCCUUACUAUACUGUUUGAAGCAAAAAAGCACUGUAGUCAGGUACCCUAGAAAAAGAAAUAGUUUGAUAGAGCUUCCUGAUGACUAUAGCUGCCUCCUAAAUCAAGCUUCUCAUUUCAGGUGCCCACGGUCUGCAGAUGACGAGCGAAAGCACCCUGUCCUCUGUCUUUUCUGCGGAGCCAUACUGUGUUCUCAGAACAUUUGCUGCCAAGAAGUCGUGAAUGGGGAAGAGGUGGGAGCUUGCAUUUUUCAUGCACUUCACUGUGGUGCUGGAGUCUGCAUUUUCCUAAAAAUCAGAGAGUGUAGAGUGGUCCUGGUUGAAGGUAAAGCCAGAGGCUGUGCCUAUCCAGCCCCUUAUUUAGAUGAAUAUGGAGAAACAGAUCCUGGCCUGAAGAGGGGCAACCCCCUUCAUUUAUCUCAUGAGCGGUAUCGGAAGCUCCAUUUGGUGUGGCAACAGCACUGCAUCAUAGAAGAGAUUGCCAGGAGCCAGGAAACUAAUCAGAUGUUAUUUGGAUUCAACUGGCAGUUACUGUGAGCGCCAGCUCCACCUGGGAACAAUCACGAAUGAAGACUGAUUCAAAAUUAUGGAGACCUUGCUGAAGGCUGGGGAAGGGUUGGAGGGUCUUUUGCUCCAUGUCCAGAUUCACAUACAUCAAUAAAAUAUUCCUUAAUGGAGUAUUUCUUUCAAUUAGCAAACAUAUGCUUAAAAGGGGAAAAAAAAAACCCAUAGAUUAAUCUGUUUUAUGUUCCAGAACACUAAAGAAUUGCUUCUUUACCCCAAGUGUCUGAUUCUGCUAAUAGUUCCAGAAAACUCAUUUUCCUGCAUCAUCUGUCCCAUUUCACUCCAUCCAUCUGAAAAGUGAAGUCACAUCAAGCAGUU